AGAAUGCUCUGAGCAGCUGAACUCAGACCUGAUCCACCAGAGCCAGACCUGAUCCCAGACCAGCCAUGGAACGAGUCGUCCUCCUGCUGUCAGUAGUGUCUCUGGGUGUUUCCUCUCAGCCAAUCACAGACGGCCAGCGUCUGUUCUCCAUCGCUGUCAGCAGAGUUCAACAUCUCCACCUGCUUGCUCAGAGACUCUUCUCCGACUUUGAGAGCACUCUGCAGACGGAGGAGCAGCGACAGCUCAACAAGAUCUUCCUGCAGGACUUCUGUAACUCUGAUUACAUCAUCAGCCCCAUCGACAAGCACGAGACGCAGCGCAGCUCCGUGUUGAAGCUGUUGUCAAUCUCCUAUCGGCUGGUGGAGUCCUGGGAGUUCCCCAGUCGGUCCCUGUCCGGAGGUUCUGCUCCCAGAAACCAGAUUUCUCCCAAACUGUCUGAAUUGAAGACCGGGAUCCUGCUGCUGAUCAGGGCCAAUCAGGAUGGAGCGGAGCUCUUCCCUGACAGCUCCGCCCUCCAGUUGGCUCCUUAUGGGAACUAUUAUCAGAGUCUGGGUGCCGAUGAGUCGCUGCGACGAACCUACGAACUGCUGGCGUGUUUCAAGAAAGACAUGCACAAGGUGGAGACCUACCUGACGGUGGCUAAAUGUCGACUCUCUCCUGAGGCCAACUGUACCCUGUAGCCCCACCUCUCCAGUAUGAAGACACGCUCCCUUGUGGAUGAUGUAAUGCUGUGUGUUCUGUAGUCCCGCCCACAUGUUUUCUCACUCUGCUAAUUAGCAUUAGCCUUUGUGUUAGCCACAGUGUUAGCCUGUGUUCAGUUGUUUGUUGGAGCAGGUGUUAUUAUGAUGACAGCCAUCAACAGGAAGUGAUGUCAUACUGUCACCAUGUGUAAUAAAGUGUGUGCUGUGUUGCAUUCAAA